AUGUCUUCACCUCGUUUGCCAUCAGAUUGCACAGUUCAGGCACCAUCAUGGGAUGAGUUUGACCGUUCGGAGGAACUGGAUUAUAAUAGUGGUUCAGAACAUGAAGUUGGUGACCAUCUCUUCCGCUCUAUAAAUCACGAUUUUGUGGCAUCUUCAGGUAUUGGUGUAUCAGCGAAUCAAGUUUUAUCAACCAUCAAUGAAGGACGUAUAACUCAAAGCAGUAAUUCACUUUCAUAUCUUGAUCAGUUACCGAACAGUGUGUACGAAGUUGGAAUCACAUCUUCAUUAGAUGAUCAGCCAUACGGUCCUUCUUUACCACCUGGCUUUUCCUACAACAGUGAAGAUGAUCCGGAAGAUCCUGGCGAUCCCGAAGAUCCGGAUGAAACUGAUUCUCAACCUGCUAUGCCAAGCAUGAGCUCGAUUCCACAGUUAACAUGGUCGAGUGACCUUCCAUCGUCAUCUAGUCAACUUUGUUCUUGUGAUUCUACUGUACAAAAUGUAUUGGAAUCAUUUGCACCCUCUUUACCGGAAGAUGAAAUAAAACGUUUUCGUGAGACUUUUUUGUUACCACCUCCAGAACCGAGCGACUCACGAUGUUCAAGUGUAAGUUAUUCGCUGAAGAGAAUACUCGGUCCAUCAAUACCAGAUCUGCUUCCAACAGUUGCAAAUUCUGUUAAUGAUGAUGAAGAUAGCAGAGAUGUUUACGGUCCAUCUGUACCGCAUUUACUUAAUAAGCCAUCUACAUCAAGUGGAAAAGAUUUCGACGUGGAAGUACCUGUUGAUGAUGAUGCUUCUGGUCAUGAAAAUGAUUGUGACAACGAUGGUAUCUUUGGUCCAGUUCCUCCUUGGGAACAAAGAGGAAAUGAGGACGAUAAUUAUACAGAAAGGUUAAUUCGUUUUGAGGCUGAACAAGUUAAGAAGAUUACUACGAAUAAGCGACCGGAAUGGAUGACACAGCCACCAAAGCAUUUCUGUGUUUCUGGUAUAGGUCAGAGGGCAUUUUCAAGACAAUGCCACUCAAGUGAGGAUAGUGCAGCAAAACGUGAAUGGACGGAAACUCCAUCAGAACGAGAAAAACGAUUAGCGUUGGAGCUUGAUUUAUUUUUUUUCUCUAGAAUUUUAAUUUUAUUUAAUUUGUAUCAUUUUUAUGAAUUAAUGCAGGAGCAAGAUGGUCAGAGUACUGCAGGACCUAGUAGGUUCUCGCUUGAAGCCAAACAUAACAAAGAUUCUGAUGCUAUUCAAGCUCAACGUGCUGCAGUUUUCGAAAAUAAUCGUGUAGAAUCAUUACUAGAUGCUCACCAACGAAAACGAAAGCUCGAAAGUGGUGAAAAUGAUGUAGCAGCGCGUCGUCCAUUCGAUCGAAAUAAGGAUAUGGAUAUUGCUGGAUCUCAUUUUCAGCACCAUACUCUUAGCCGGAUGGGAGAUUUAAGUGGAGAGUCUAUUAAAGAACGUUGUGGACAACUGAAUUCGCGUUUUGCUCCUUCUGCUUCACGAAAAUUUCUUUAA